AAGCGUAAAGAAAUCUGAGGCUGUUUGGGAGCUAACAGAGGCGCUGACAUGUCUGUGAGUUUACACGCCAGCCUGAACGAUGGGAACAGAAUCCCAGUUAUUGGAUUUGGGACGUACGCUCCUGAAACGGAACCAAAGAGCAAAGCAGAAGAGGCCACAGAACUAGCCAUUAAAGUCGGGUACCGCCAUAUUGAUGGGGCAUAUCUGUAUGGCAAGGAGGCUGAAGUUGGUCGGGCCAUCCACAAGAAGAUCGCAGAUGGAACCAUAAGGAGAGAAGACUUGUUCCUUACUGGGAAGCUCUGCAGCACUUUCCACAGGCCUAACUUGGUUCAGAAAGGUCUGCAAAGAUCCCUGGAAGCUCUUAAUAUGAAAUACUUGGAUCUCUUUCUCAUUCACAUGCCUGUAGAAUUACAGUGGCAUUGCAGGAGAUCUGGUGCCGGUUGGAGGAGAAAAUGGCCCCCACAGGAACUGGAGUUGCUAACCCCCGAUCAGCUAAUACGGGACCAGUUCCUCGCUGGUGUGUGGUCCCCUUCAUUAAAAAGAGCCUUGAAGGAUCGAGUGAGGGCUGAUGGUACAGUGAAGUUUGCAGUGAUCCUACAAGAGGCCAUCGAGAGGGAACAGGAAGAGUCGAACCAUGAACGGGCUGGUGCCAGAAGCCAGGUUACCCGCACUCAGGGAGCCGGGUGGCUGGUGGGGCGGGAAGAAGCGACUGCCCCAUGCCCUGCCACAGUCUCAACGGUGGAGACGCCCGCGAUGGAGAAGGUCGUAUGA